AUGAAGGGGUGCAUUUUUAACAUCGAUGCUGGAUAUUUAGAAGGACUGUGCCGUGGUUUCAAGUGUGGAAUCCUGAAGCAGGCUGACUACCUUAACUUGGUGCAAUGCGAGACCCUGGAAGACUUAAAGCUUCACCUGCAGGGCACCGACUAUGGUACGUUCCUUGCAAAUGAGCCCAGCCCUCUUGCUGUCUCUACAAUUGACGAUAAGCUUCGCGAGAAGCUCGUAAUUGAAUUCCAGCAUCUAAGGAAUCAUUCAGUGGAGCCACUCUCUACCUUCUUGGACUUCAUUACUUACAGUUACAUGAUUGACAACAUUAUUUUGCUGAUCACUGGUACACUACACCAGAGGCCCAUUUCGGAGCUCAUUCCCAAAUGCCACCCCUUAGGCUCCUUUGAGCAAAUGGAAGCCAUCCAUGUUGCUGCUACACCUGCUGAACUGUACAAUGCAGUCCUUGUUGACACCCCAUUGGCCCCAUUCUUCGUUGACUGCAUCAGUGAGCAAGACUUGGAUGAGAUGAAUAUUGAGAUCAUUCGUAACACCCUGUACAAGGCUUACCUGGAAGCCUUCUAUGAUUUUUGCAAGCAGAUUGGUGAAACUACUGCUGAUGUUAUGUGCGAAAUUCUGGCUUUUGAAGCUGAUCGCCGUGCAAUCAUCAUCACUAUCAACUCUUUUGGGACAGAAUUGUCCAAAGAUGACCGUGCUAAGCUGUACCCACGCUGUGGCAAACUGAACCCUGAUGGAUUGGCUGCUCUUGCCAGAGCUGAUGAUUAUGAGCAGGUCAAAGCUGUUGCCGAGUACUAUGCUGAGUACCAAGCGUUGUUUGAAGGUGCUGGCUCUAAUGUUGGUGACAAGACCUUGGAGGACAAGUUCUUUGAGCAUGAGGCAAGUUUCAAAUUCUACUUAUCUGGUAUCGUGAGCCUGAAUGUCCAUGCAUUCCUGCAACAAUUCCACUUCGGGGUGUUCUACUCAUACCUGAAGCUGAAGGAACAAGAAUGCCGAAACAUUGUAUGGAUUAAUUUAUCAAUUUUAAGAUUUACCAUUUGUAAGUAUUCUCAUAAUACCACUACACCUGAGGUGGCAGAACAAACCGAAAAAGCUAGAGAUGAGUCAAAAAGGCCUCAAUCUAAGAGGUUGGAAGAAUUCCGAAAGAAGUUGAGAGAAACCACUCCAAUUAAUGAUCUUGGAGAGCAACCUACAAUGCAUCCAUCUCAAAAGGAUGAAAAUCCACUGCCUCCAUGGCCCAAUGACAUCAACCCUCAUACUGGAGAAGUAGGUGGGCCUAGAGGACCUGAACCUACACGCUAUGGAGAUUGGGAAAGGAAGGGGAGAUGCACAGAUUUCUAACACUUAUUGUAGUUGUGAUAAUUAAAAUAUUUUAUUUGACCACUGCAAUGAUGUGAAGAUUAGAUGACUAUUAGAGUCUUAAAAAUGUCUGUGAUGUCAGCUGUAGAUAUCUUAUCUAUUGUAGAUUGCAGGUAGAUACAGUGGGCAGAGUGAAGAUAUUGCAUCAAAUUAUCAAAGUUGUGGAUUUUUUUCCUGCUGUAUAACCGUACUAAACUAUUAUAAUAGUUAUUACCUGUUGUAUAACAAUACAGGAAAAAUUGCAAAGCUGAAAUAUUAUAAAAAGUACUUAAUUUUCAUAUAAUACAUUGAAUAGUUACUAUUUAUAAUGGAACAUUUAAGAUCGUGUCGGUUAUUGUCUUUGCCUA